ACAAAAUCAAAACAAACCAAGCACAGAGGAAAGCUUUGAGUCUUGUGUGCGAAUACCUUGCCGAUUUUCCUCCAAGGGUUUGCAGAUAUCUGGCAUCAUUAAUGUACAGACUGUAGGGUCCCUAUAGAUGUGAGUCAUGCCUCCAUAUGGAAAGGCUGGUGCUGUUGAUGAUCUUUUACUUGACGAUGACAAGAAGGACGAAGACAUCUUGCCAAACAAGCCAUCGAUGACUGAAUUGAACUCGUUAGUCAAAGAUGUGGUCUCUCGAUCUUCAUGGUGGGACCUUUACGGCAUUGACCUGGCCAUCAUGUGCACCAAUUUUGCGCUCCUUCCGAUCAGUUACCUCCUGAUUGGAUCCGACAGUAUUCCCUUAUUUGUCAUUGGUUACGUCUUGUUUGCUUACAUACAUGCCACGUUUACUGUGAAGCUUGCACAUGCAGCUAUCCACAAUGCACUGGCAGGUUCAUCACCAUUCUGGAAUCGUCUUCUUACUGUGUUCUUUGUUGAGAUCUGGGGAGGUUUUACAGAAGAAGCAAGCCAUGAGAUUCACAUCCAAGUACACCAUCCUUACACAAAUGUCAUUGGCUUGGGUGACUCUAGCUCAUGGCGUGCACCUUUCUUGGAUCGUAAUACAUACCUGUUCUUUGCACCACUGUUUUUACCCCUUUUCAACACUCCAAUUGGUGUAUCUCUGCUAGCUGGACGUUGGUUGUCAAUAGCUAGGCUCCUUUGUGUAACAUCAGCUGGGUACAUCAUGCACUUCUGCAUGUUCCGCUAUGUUGCUGGUUUGUCGUUCUUAGGUACCAUCUUGUGCAUGUUUACAGUUCGUUCUGUAUUUGCCAUUCCAUAUAUCCAUGUGAACAUAUUCCAACACAUUGGCUUGCCGAUGUAUGAUGUCAAAAAGCGUCCGAAGCGACUCUACCAGUUAGCGUCAGCAGCUCUUAAUCUUCCCAGGAAUCCACUUCUUGAUUACUCCUUUGGUCACUCUAUCAUCAGCUGCCACGUGGAACAUCAUUUAUUCCCGCGCCUGUCUGACAACAUGUGUUUGAAGAUCAAACCAGUUGUCUCCAGGUACCUCAAGAACAAUGGCCUGCCGUACAAUGAGGCAACAUAUCUUGGUCAGCUGAGAAAAUUUUACAAGGAAUAUGAUGAACUUAUGGUUAAAGCUCCACCAAUAACAGAAUUGAUUGGAAUACAGUAG